CACCCAAAUUUUAGUGAUGUAUGGCCUCUAUAUAUAGUAUCCCAUAGCCUUGUCCAUACAUAUCUUCUAAAAGAAAAAAAAAAAGGGAAACUUUAUUUCAUGUCAUAAUCUUGCAGCCACUGCAACCUUCAUGUACCCAUUUAAUAAUUCAAUACAUAAAUUAAGGACUUGUUGCAUGCAUUUUGUACAAAAAGACAUUCCAUGUCCAGCCACAGCCUGCACGUUCACCUCUCUCUCUCUCUCUCUCUCUCCACUGCUUUCUAAUCCUCUUAUCCCUCCAUCCCCAUUCCCCAGCUAAAGGUUUGCUAACAUCCAUAAGCCAAAAAAGAAUAAACGUGGGAGAGAGAGAUUACCCAGCAGGAACUAGCUGAUCAUCAUCAUCAUCAUCAUCUCUAGCUCAUCAAUCAGAUCUUGCAUCAUAUCAUCAUUCUAGAGUUAUGGACGCCCACCACCCACAGCAGCUAAAAUCCAUAGAUGAUACAGCAGUACCAAGCAAGCCAUUACCGGAAUCACUAUCAAAACCAGAACCCAGAGAAGACCGCCCACAUCCUACACCAUCUCCCCCUUCCCCUUCCUCCUCCCCUUCUCAUGAAUUCUCCUUCACCGUCUCCCUUCACCACUCCUCCGCCGCCGUGCUCGACAAAACCAAGCCCUCACCAUCGCCUGCCGGGGCCGUCGACUUAUCCCCGGCCGACGACAUUUUCUUCCACGGCCACUUGCUCCCUCUCCGCCUCCUCUCUCACCUCCCCGUCUCCCCUCGCUCCUCCACCAAUUCUCUAGACAGCUUCACCCUCCCCAUCAAAGAUCUUUCCGAAGACCCGAAUUCCAAAAAAACCAAUGACAAUUGCAGCAGCUGCAGCAGCAGCAGCAACAGUACUGAAAGAAAGGAAAGAAGCAAGUCUAGUAAGUCUCACUCAUUGUUCGGAAAAUGGCGAAAAGGGUGUGAAGCGAAUCACGAGAAGGAAGAGACAGAGAAGAAGGAGAAGAAGAGGAAGAUAAGGUUUGAUGUGGGGCAUGUUUUGAAGAGGUAUGUGAGGAUGGUGAGGCCUCUCUUGUCGUUCAGAGGGAGGAAGGAGGGAGUUCAGAUUCGGCGGCAGCCCCAUUCGUUUUCGGGCAAUUUGACGAGUUUGAGACCGAUGGGAGCGCUACUGCGAAGUGGGAGGAGAGGAGAGUUCUCAGCGCCGGCGUCGAUGAGAACGUCGCCGACAAACAGUGGCCUUCUUAUGGCGAAGGCGACGGCAGCCACGCUUCCUUCUUCGGUUAGUGACAGCACCAUGGAGGAGUUGCAGGCGGCAAUUCAGGCAGCCAUUGCUCAUUGCAAAAACUCCAUUGCAGUAGAAGAGAAAAGCACAAAACCGCUAGCUUGCUAGCUAUCUAGCUAGAUGAGCUUAGGGAGAGGUCACACAUGUAGUGGAAAUUAAAUUUGAAAUUUUAAUUUUUAUCAUUUUAGUAAACUUUGUAAGUGAAGAAUUAGAUCUACAUGCUAUUUAUUUUUCUUUUUGUGUGCAUAAAUUAAAUUAAUCAUAGUAUCAUAUAUAUUUAUAUAGAAAGCUGAAAUUAUCUAAA